AUGGCACAGUCUUCUUCUAAGAAUCCAUCAACUGCAGGACCAUCGACAACAGGUUUGACUAAGAAUGUCGUCUCAGCUUUCAGACCUGCCAAAGUGUUCAAAAACCUCAUUGAAGCCCCACAAACGGCCGUCAAAGGUGAUCCGUGGUUAACCCAUUCCCCGAAGAGCAUAACGAGUAUCUCAUUCGAUGAAACGGGUGAACGAUGCGUGACGGCGGUAGGUGACGAAACUUUUAUGUUGUGGGAUGCGAGGAAGGGCAAAAAACAAAAGACGUUCUUUUCGAAGAAAUACGGGAUAUCUUUAGCCCGUUUCACUCAUCGGUCCGCUAAUAUCAUCCACGCUUCGACGAGAUUGGAAGAUCAUGCCAUACGUUAUCAUUCGAUGCACGAUAAUACCUAUUUAUCGUAUUUUCGAGGGCAUACAGGCAGGGUGCGUUCUCUACACAUGUGUCCGACAGACGAUGCGUUCUUGUCUGCUGGGGAUGAUGGGACGGUGAGGAUAUGGGAUUUACGAGCUCCCUCUUGUAGGGCUCUGCUCAAUGAUGUCGGUGGGACAGCAGUUGCUGCAUUCGACAACUCGGGUCUGGUCUUUGCGGUUGCUUGCUUUCAAACACAGACCAUAAUGCUUUACGCUGUCUCUUCCAUGGAUCAUUCUCCCUUCCAUUACGCAGCAUUAAUCGACCCUGCCUUAUCUGAAAUCUCCAUGCCACCUCCAAAACCCAUAUACACAUCAAUAGCAUUCUCCAACGACGGUAAUUACCUUCUCAUAGGUACCUCCUCCGAUGCACAUUAUCUCGUGGACGCAUUCGAUUUAGUCAUCCUUCGUCGAUUGGUAGGGCAUCAAGGUCUCGAAAGGGAUAAAGAUGGUCAAAAGGGGAUAAUACCUCGAAGAGGGGCAAGUGGGGAAGAAGUUUGUUUCACAGGUGAUUCUAAAUGGGUAGUAUCGGGUUCGGCGGAUGGGGCGGUGGUGUUUUGGGAUAUAAGUCCUGAGAUGGGGAAAGAAAAGUUGGAGGUGAUCAUCGGAGAAAGAGGCAAGGUGGCAGAAUUGUUGCCUACAAUCAGGUUGGAAGCUUCUGCGAACGCUGGGUUUGGACCGAGUAGAAGUGUGAGGAUGAAUCCUAGGUAUGCUAUGAUGGGUGUGGGUGGAGAGGAGUUUUCAAUGUGGCUGCCGGCGAAAGAAGAAGACAAACCACCAGAAGGGUGGUGA